CUGCGUCGGGGGCUGCGGGCUGCGCGCAGCCUGGCGGCCGCCUGAGCCACUUCACGCCUCGCGGGUUCCAGCAAAGACUAUCAGAAUCUGUUAAAAGCACUGCAUAGGAAUUUGGUUGCUGAAGUCAAUGUGGAUUCUGACCUGGGCCUGGCAGGCGAGGACAUGAGCAGUGGUCCCGGUGGGCUCCCCAGGGCGAGUGAAGAGAUCAGGCGUCCAGCCAGGGCUUGGCCGCCCGCUGCCCCGCCAGCAUGCCCCUCCAGCAGAUUUCCGUAAUCCCAGCACGGGACACUGCCGGCCAUGGGAGCCGCUCCCUGGGCAGGAACAACGAGAAGAGCGGGCGAGUGGAGAAUUUCAGAAAUUGAAAAAGGAUAAGAGGAAGGAGAAAAUGCUGGGCUGGUGUGAAGCGAUAGCCCGGAACCCUCACCGAAUCCCGAACAGCACGCGGACACCUGAGCUCUCGGGGGACCUGGCCGACGCCUCGCAGACCUCCACGUUGAAUGACAAAUCCCCAGGGCGAUCUGCAAGUCGAUCAAGUAACAUUUCAAAAGCCAGCAGCCCCACCACAGGGACAGCGCCCAGGAGCCAGUCGAGGUUGUCUGUGUGUCCAUCGACCCAGGACAUCUGCAGGAUCUGUCACUGCGAAGGUGAUGAAGAGAGCCCCCUCAUCACGCCCUGCCGCUGCACCGGGACCCUUCGAUUCGUGCACCAGUCCUGCCUGCACCAGUGGAUCAAGAGCUCCGACACGCGCUGCUGUGAGCUCUGCAAGUACGACUUCAUCAUGGAGACCAAGCUCAAGCCCCUGCGCAAGUGGGAGAAGCUGCAGAUGACCACGAGCGAGAGGAGGAAGAUCUGCUGCUCCGUCUCCUUCCACGUGAUCGCCAUCACCUGCGUGGUGUGGUCCCUGUAUGUGCUGAUAGACCGCACGGCCGAGGAGAUCAAGCAGGGCAACGACAACGGUGUCCUCGAAUGGCCAUUCUGGACAAAGCUGGUUGUGGUGGCCAUUGGCUUCACAGGGGGCCUCGUCUUCAUGUAUGUACAGUGUAAAGUCUAUGCUCAGCUCUGGCGCAGGCUGAAGGCCUACAACCGCGUGAUCUUUGUGCAGAACUGCCCAGACACUGCCAAAAAACUGGAGAAGAACUUCUCAUGCAACGUGGGCACGGACCUCAAGGACAGCGUGGCAGUGCCUGUGUCACAGGCGGGCACAAACGCCCUGCCGUCCACAGAAGGCGGCCCCCCUGAGCUGAUACCGGUGUGACAGUGGCAGUGGCUGUUCUUGCUGAAGAACUUCUUUCUAGCCCUCAGCCACUACAACUGACAGAGGUGACCCUGGACUACCCACUCCCUUCAUCUCCUCCUCUGUCCUGACGCAUUUUUCCUUACUUUGCUCAAAAGGGAAAGGAGAAAAACACACCGAAUGGCCAGGAUCCCGGGAAGCACAGAAUAGCCUAAAGAGUGAUGAGAGAAUGCAAGCAAUUUGCUAGAUUCUAAGACGUGCAAGUAAAGAACGCUUUUAGGCAAGGAUGAAAGAUUAAAUGGACAUGCGACACUUUUCACAGUGGAAGGAGGAAAGUUCAAGAACACAGCCUUGAAAUGCAAUGUGUAUUUUUUUUAGGGCCUUGUAACAUUAACUAUCUCAUCUGGAAAUAACACAAUCGAUUUUAAGCCUAAAUUAUCCCUAAGUCACAAUGGAAGCAAACCUGGAGGAUGCAUAUUUUGACAUACUUUGGCAGUUAACAGAUUUUUAUGCCUACAGUGGAGUCCUGUUAUUUUAACAGAUGCAUGUUUUAAAAAGUAGAUGAAACACACAUCUGAAGGCAUUAAUACCUGGAAUUAUAUUUAAAUCAUCAACGAAAAGAUUCAGGUUCAGUCAGCUCCACUAAAUACCCCCAGGCUGAAAUCGGCAAUUAGGUCCUAUUUCAUCCGGUCUAAUACGGUGCUGUCCAACAGGACUAGCGCAGCCACAAAUGCAGCCACAGAAGUCCAUUUUAAGUUCCUACUAGCCCCAUUAGAGUAAGUAAAAACGGGUGAAUUAAUUUGGAUGUUUAUUUAACACUAUAGAUAUGUUACUUCUAACAUGUCAUCAAUAUGAAAUAUUCAAACAGUUUUGUUUUUCAUGAACCAAGUCUCAAAUCCAGAAUGUAGUUUUUACACACCUCAGCUAGAACUGACCUCAUGGAAGUCAGAGUGCUACGAUUAGAAAUUAGGCCUCUGCCUCACUGACCAAUCCAGUAUUCCAAAAGAGGAGCUCCAUUCAUUAUUUUAUUUCCAAGUUUCACAAAUGUUAUGAUUUUACAAAGUACUAAAUUAAUCAGAUUAAGCUAGUUUGAAGAGUUAGCUGAAGUGACCAUUUUUCUAAAGCAUGAAAAAGCAAAGGAUAGAAAGAUAAAAGUCUGCAAAGUUGUGAAAUUAACUUGUUUGCUACUAUGAAGCACUUACGAUAGGGAAAUAAAAAUGAAAUAUUUUUCUUAUUAAAUAGUGUGUAAGGUUUUUUUAAUCCACAUGAGGUGUCAACUUGAGAGAUGAGUAGUUAUGACUAAAAACCUAGCCCCUGUUUUUAAAAGCCAGCGGCAUUUCCCUGACUCAGCUGAGAAGGAAGGCGUUCCGCAGACCUGUGCUAAGUAACACACCGCGUUGUAUAGGGCUGACAGCUCUUCAGGGUGUUCUUUGCACAUUCACGUAAAACUGGAGUGCGCGUGAGGCUGCGUGAGAUGACAACACUGCCCUGACGUGGAUUAAUGACGCUAGAUCCAGUGGCCUGUCAAAGGGAGAUGUCCUCCAAUAAAGAAAAACCAGAGGUGACUGACUUGUGUUAGUCACUCUUGGUACUGUGAAGAGGCCACAGCAACCAAAGCACGGGUGUCGCAGUGCACAAAUCUGGGUAUCACGUCGAUGCACUUUGUAAUUAUCAGUGUGCUUGUUCACAGAUUAUCAUAGGAAAAAGGAAAAUAAAAACCUUUUCAUGAGAAAGACAGUAUUAGUAGUGGCUGACACUGAGUCCCGAUUCCUAGGAGAAAAGUUAAACCCCAUCAAGUGUGUGUGUGUGAGUGUGUGUGGCGUGCGUGUAUUCGUGUAUAUAUAUGCAAAAAAAAAAAUGUUAUGGUAUUCAGUCAGGAAACAAAAGGUUUAAAACUCACCUUUCUUAAGACUUUUGUAGGGCAUGGAAUAAAUGCAGAGGAAAAUAAAGUUAAGGUAACUAAACUGGACCAAAAAUUAGGCACGAACACGGACAUAAGUGGCGUUUAAACUAAGAGAUAGACCUGCAAACCCCCUUACCUUCCUCUUAAACUGCUGUCGUGAAGACGCACGGUAAAUCCAUCAGUGAAGACAGGCUCCAGGGCUCCGACUGUGCCACUGUACCCAGGGUCAGCCUGGAUCUGGUUUUCCUCAGACCCGACCGACCCAUUUUUCCUGAGGUUUAAGCAAUGGCAACAUGUUCACAAAUAUCCUGGGGGGGGAAAAUCUAGUCACCAGCAAACAAAAAAAUGCUGAUGCCUCUCCUGUUGGCUCUGGAAGGAAAGGAUUAUUUCCUUGGUCACCACUGAAAACACUGUCGAUAUUCUGUACCAGCUUAAGACAGAGCAGUGCAGAGCUCACUUCAGAGCAGAAAAUGAUCGGCUAAAAAAACCUCAUUAAGGGCUACACUUAACACUAAGAAAUCAUUUCCAGAAUAAAAAGCAAAGAAAGGCAUUAAUGAUAAAAAGUAACCUGGUGUCUGAAAUCUAUACCUAAAUUCUCAAAAUUAACUUCUAUGGGGUCUGACUUUACUGACAUGAGAAAAUAACACAGCUCUCUAGGGAGUUAAGAGUCGUUUAUCUGCUAAGAUCCUGAACAUCUGAAUUUCAGUUUUAAAAGCAUCCACUACAGGAAAGCAUCAUUAAAAAGCUUUCCUGAAGCGGGUGGUUAUGGGCCAACCAAUCUGAACUAGUUAUGUGCAUUUAAAACCUAACGCUGACUACUUCCUUUGUACAUUGUGUGACUGUGUCCGUUGUGCCCUUUCAAACAAUGACGGGAUUUGGCUUGGUGGUUGUGUUUUGUGGACUAGAAACAACCCUCAAGAUGAAAGGCAGCCCAACUGAGUGGCCACGUGCUGGGCACACUCACCUGCUCACACAGGAAAUGAGAGGGAAUGGAAACGCAGGGCAGGCACCGAGGCGUGAGCUCCCCACUCUGCUAAAAACCGUGGCCUUUUAUGAUCAUAACCUGAAUCUUGGUAUUAUCAAUACCACAAGCAGACACUGAUGCUGUUAAAUUUCUUAAGUAACAGUCCCUUAUACUGUAUAGGAUUAAAGAUUGAAUUGCAGCUCUUUCAAAAACUGAAACCCAAAGGCGAUUAAGCUUAAGUGCAAAACAACAUACAAAAAUUUAAAAAGCAAAACUUGGGAUAUAGCAAUGCAGAAAUCAGUCUUUCUCAAAGUGCACCAGCAUUAAAUCUCCUUGGGUACCCUAAAAUCACCCAUAUUUUGACCAGGCGAUUGGUCCUCAGAGAAACGACAUCACGAACAGAAAUCAUAGUGACCCCAGGGUGAGGUGGAAAGACCGCUCCCUCUGCCAGACACAGCUUGCCUUGCCUUGCCCGUGAGUGUUCUGAGACAACGCAGGGGUCUUAAAUGGACCGUCACAGUGGUGGCUCCACGGCAAUUCUGUGAGGCUUACACUUUCGUUAGGAAAGACGAAGACCUUUUCCUUUCCUCGCCAGCCCAAUGGUGCUAUUACUUAUCAAUACAGGUGACAGGGAGGACUGUUACUCUGGGCUGCAGCAUUCCCCCACACCGGAAACAAGCCCAUUCCGAAACUGGAGGCGCAUUAACACAAAGAAGGGUAACUUAGUUUAACUGUGUACAACUUUUGAAAUUGGGCAUUUGUACAUUUUUUGUUUUACCUAAUUCUCUUGCAUUAACAAUUUACUGUUUUGUGAAUAAUGUGUACUAAGACCAAGAAAAAUAAAUUACUUACCUGUGAAAGCCUUUGUAUAUUAAACAAGUGACUCAAACCUUGUUUGUGA